AUGAAUCAAACAAGCUCAACAAUACUUGCCAUUGCAAUGAUAGUGGCAGGCUUUCUCAGCGCACUCUGCGCCACGCCGCCGAAUCCGCCCCCAGAACAAAAAGAUCGCCACCGAACAGAUCGCAUCAAUCUCAUUACAGGGAGUUUCCCAACAAUUGUGCGCCGUGUCCUGGUCACCGCUGUCAUGUAUCAUGCGCUUGUGACUGUAACUCCCUACUAUGCCCCUGCUCGUCUGGGACAGGUGUGUCCCCUGUCUCAGAAUGCGACUUCGGACCUUUUCACGUGGAACUCGAUUACUUCGUGUACUCUGGGACUUAUUUACAUCGGUGCCUAUAUCCGAUUGUCGGCUUAUGGCGGACUGGGCAAAAAUUUCACUUUUCAACUGGCUGCACCGGAUGACUUGGUGACGACGGGUGUGUAUGGCUGGAUUCAACAUCCUAGUUAUACAGGUACGGCCAUGAUUGCAAUUGGGUGUGUUUCCUUGUUUUUGCGGUGGGAUGCAACACCUGCCUGCUGGAUUCCUGCGUCGGUACUAUCUCAGUGGCACGGGUGGGGAUUUACUUCGAUCGCUGGACUUGUAGCGUUUGGCUUUUGGGCCUUGAUCAUGCGAGUGCGAGAUGAAGAAGAUAUGCUGCGGCAGAAGUUUGGCAAGAAAUGGGAGGUGUGGCAUCGUUCGACCAAGAGAUUUAUUCCAGGUCUUGUUUAG